UUGGGAUUCGCGUUAUAUAUGCUCUUCAGACAGACCAAGACUGCCGAAGACAAGAACAACGUAAUUCUAUUGAUGGAGGAAAUGAUUAAAAUUCCUCAGAAUUGGUUGAAUGAAAACAUGGCAUCACUUCUAUUCUUCGCCGGCGAUGACAUCACUCAUCAGUACUUCACUUCAAAGAUGUCAAGCGAAAACUAUGCAGAAGUGGCCCAAAAGUUGGUGUAUUUGACUCUAAUUGAGCACAAAUUGACGAGAAGUACAAAACUUGUAUAUAAACUGAUUGAGAAGUUGUGUUCGUCUGAACACAAACACAAACUGAUGAAUGAAUUGCCGAUCGCUUUCUGCGAAGCGGUCUCUGAGAUCGACGGCGCCAUUGAUUUGGAGGACGAGAGGGAUAUCACAGAAUUACAUGAGAUAAUAGCCGCGCAGUCGGACCUCAUGAAGAACUCACUCCUCAAUAACUUUGACGUCUCUUCGCAG